AGACGUUUUAGGUCCGGGUGGAGGGUCGCAAGCAGGAGCACCCACACGUGUUAACCCUCGGACAAACUCGACCUCCAACAACCACAACAAUCCAUUAAAGUAUCUGUAACUCUGAUUGGUUUAGAUAUGGGCGUAAAUUCGACUACCAAAACUAACUUCGGCCAACCGGGGGGGCGGAAAUGAAUUUAUGGAUCUGGAAGAGCCGCGCAAACCGGAGGUUGUAGUUUCUUUUAGUGUGUUUAUUGCCUAACCACUUUAGAUAAACCGGUGUCAUAACUUUGGGACUUCUUUUCCUGCCGAAAACAUGAAGCUGUAAACUUGUAAACUUGUCUGUGGUUUACGUCACUUUUUUUUUUUUUGAAACUCUCGGGGAGAGCUGAAUGUUCCUCCAGGGAGAAUUUCAGUGACUUUCACUUUGGCACACGGUGAUUUCAGCUCUAACUCCAAGUGAAGAGUCUGCUUUGUGGUCCAUGAGUGUUUUGAGAAGAGUUGGUGAAUAUGGACGAGAAACCAGCGCUGGCAGACACUAAACCGGACGAGGAUCACAUAAACUCGGAGAACCAUGUCAAGCCGGAGAAGGGUGACUCGGAGAAGCGGCCGGACGGACCGGCCGAGCAGGACGGUUCCGAGUUGCUGCGACCGACACGUCUGUACAAACGGCGCUGGAUGAUCGUGCUCCUCUUCAGCUCAUACUCCCUGUGCAACUCAUUCCAAUGGAUACAGUACGGCAUCAUCGGCAACGUCUUCAUGAAGUUCUACAACGUGAGCGCCUUCACCAUAGACUGGAUGUCUAUGAUCUACAUGCUCACAUACAUUCCCUUCAUCUUCCCUGUGACCUGGCUGCUGGACAAGAAGGGGCUCCGGGUCAUCGCUCUCGUGGCCACGGCGCUCAACUGCGUCGGGACGUGGGUCAAGGUGGCCAGCGUCAGACCCGACCUGUUCUCCGUCACCCUGCUGGGCCAGUUCUGCUGCUCUUUCGCCCAGGUGUUCAUCCUCGGGAUGCCGUCCAAAAUCGCGUCGGUGUGGUUCGGUUCGAAGGAGGUGUCCACCGUCUGCUCCAUCGGAGUGUUCGGGAACCAGCUGGGUAUCGCCAUCGGCUUCCUUGUGCCUCCUAUCCUGGUGCCUAAUGUGGACAACAUGGAUGAGCUGGCUCACCACAUCAGCAUCAUGUUCUACAUAACAGCAGGAGUGGCUACUCUACUUUUCAUCCUCGUAGUCUUUGUUUUCCAGGAGCGUCCCAAACUUCCUCCGACUCAGGCCCAGGCCGCGGCCCGCUGCAUCCCCCCAGAGAACUACUCGUACACGUCCUCCAUCAGAAGGCUGCUCCGCAACAGGCCCUUCAUCCUCCUCAUCAUCACCUAUGGUCUGAACGUGGGCUGUUUCUAUGCCGUCGGGACGCUGCUGAACCGCAUGAUCAUUUUACACUACCCUGGAGAAGAGGUGAAUGCUGGGAGGAUCGGCCUGACCAUUGUCAUCGCUGGGAUGGUCGGCUCUCUGAUCUGCGGAGUUUGGUUGGACCGAACCAAAACCUACAAGCAGACGACCCUCGCAGUCUACCUAAUGUCUCUGGUGGGGAUGAUCGUCUACGCCGCAACACUAAGCUUAGGACACCUUUGGGUCGUCUUCAUCACAGCUGGAGCUCUUGGGUUCUUCAUGACGGGCUACCUGCCGCUCGGCUUUGAAUUCGCGGUGGAGCUGACGUACCCGGAGUCGGAGGGAACCUCCUCGGGUCUCCUCAACUGUUCGGCACAGGUGUUUGGCAUCAUAUUUACCAUCUGCCAGGGGAAGAUCAUCGACCACUACGGCACGCUGGCAGGAAACAUCUUCUUGUGCGUCUUUCUUCUUAUAGGCACAAUAAUGACAGGUUUAAUCAAGUCGGAUCUACGGAGGCAAAGUGCAAACAAGCUGGCCUUAGAAGCUGCGGAGAGGCAGAUGUCGGGACAAGACUACGGAGCCACAGCGCUAAUCUCCCAGCAGCAGACUCCUCCUUCUCAAGCCUGAUCUAUAAACCUUUCUCCUUCACAAAAAAAGAAAAAAAAAAAAUAAGAAAAUGAAAAAAAUAAGUCUUCUCAAAUCUUAGCUCACCGUACAGAUGCACAAAGGGACCUUCUGGCGGCCAGGAUGGAGACCUGGACACUCCUCCUUUCAUCAAAGAGGCCAAGUUAUAGACGCGCACACGGACACGAGAAGCCUUAAAAAAAUAAAUAAAUAAAUAAAUAAAAUAACUGUGAUCUCCUUCGGGAAGUUUUUAGAUGUACAACUGUGUGAGUGCAGGAGCGCAUGAAAGUCACUGAUCAGACAUAUCACUUUAUUAAUAUUUAAGUGGAAAUUUAAAGCUCGCACUAAAUCUCCUGUCGUGCCUCGUCUGUUUUUAGAACGUGCGGUCAGUUACGUGUAGUACUGUAUAUACAGCCGAGCCGAGGAGCUGACUCUGAUGCUGCCUUUGUAUAAAUAGUGCUUGGUGUAAAUGCGGCGUGCGUGGCGUUGUGAUUCAUUUCGAUGGAAGAUUGUGAAAGGCGUCCUAAUCUAUGGCAGUCCUCAAUAAGGGAAGAACUGGCAAAAAUACUAGUUGUGUAGAUGCAUUUGUAACAACAUCAGUGUUUACUUAUUUAACAUGAAAUAAAAUCUUUUAUUUAUAA